UUGGUUCCUGUUUUUAUUGUUGUUAAUUGGCUGCAGAUUCUUAUGCUGCGAGUCUAGUCAUGAGUGAAGGAGAGUCUAUACAUGAUUUGUGUUGGUAUCCUUACAUGUCUGCCUCAGAUCCGGUGACCAAUGUUUUUGCGACUACUACUCGCGGCCAUCCUAUACAUCUAUGGGAUGCUACAUCAGGCCAGUUACGCUGCACAUAUCGGGCAUACGAUGCUAUGGAUGAAAUUACUGCUGCUUUUUCUGUCGCUUUUAAUCCUGCUGGAACUAAGAUAUUUGCUGGAUACAACAAAUGUAUUAGGAUGUUUGAUUUACAUCGCCCUGGUAGAGAUUUUAAAUUGCAUUCAACAGUAAAAGAUAAAAAAGAAGGCCAAACAGGUAUUAUAUCUGCAUUGGCCUUUUAUCCAUCUCAUAAUGGGAUGCUAGCUUUGGGUUCUUAUAGCCAAACUACUGCUAUUUAUACGGAAGAUAACAUGGAACCUUUGUAUGUUUUGCAUGGUCAAGAAGGCGGAGUUACACAUGUCCAAUUUUCAAGAGAUGGUAAUUAUUUAUAUACUGGAGGUUGGAAGGACCCUUAUAUACUCUGCUGGGAUGUGUGCAAAGCUGUUGAUUGUGUCUACAAAAUGAAGAACCCUGAGACGAGUGCAAAGUGCAACGAUUCAUAUUCAAAUCAUCAACGUAAUCAUUAACUUCAACCAAAUAAAUUCUUGCAAUAUCAUCACCACCGCGUUCAAUUUUCACUGCUGCCGUUGCCGCCUCAGGCCUCUGAUUUCUCGAAGCUCCAUACAAUUAUUCAUAGUAAGUUGCUUCAAAGAAUGACAUUCAUUGAUGCAUGAAGGAAGGAUUGUGAUGGUGCUGUAAUCAAGGGAUAUAUGUGUUACAUAGUGCAAUGAAGGCAGAAGUGUAGCAAGAAAUUCAUAUGGCAAAUAGCAAAAGCUCAAGUCAACAUAUCUAGGAACCAAACGAGAACUAGCAUUUAUCACAUCUGAAGACAGUGUUUCUGGCAGCACUUGACCUUUUCCCUUCGUAAUUUGUGCAAGCCCCUUGCAACAGUAAGCCUCCAAAGUAUCAAGUUUUGGCAACAUAAAAAUACUACUUGGUAAUUCAAGUAGCUUAUUGCAUCUGUCUAUAGUCAGCUUUUCAAGCCCCACAAGAAGUCCAAUGGAGAAGGGCAAAUCACAUAUCCCACUAUCACUCAAAACAAGGUAAGUUGAUACCACGGGGAAGAAUCUUGAGACCAGUGCAACGAUUAAGAUUCAAAUCUUCAAGUUUUCCAAGGAACCCAACGGAAUCAUGAACUUCAACCAAAUUCUUGCAGGAAUCAAGAUGCAGUUUCUUCAAAUUCGGAGCACCAGACAUGUCAGGUCUCUGAUUUCUUGAAGCUCUGUACAAUUAUUCAAAGUAAGUUCCUUCAAAGAGUGGCAGGCAGUGAUGCAUGAUGGAAGGAUUGUGAUACUGCUGUAAUCAAGGGAUAAAUAUGUGACACAGUGAAAGCAAGGAAGAAGUGCAACGAGAAAUUCAUCUGAUAGAUGGCAAAAGCUGAAGUCAACAACACUUCUCACACCUGAAGACGUUGUUUCCUGCAAUUGACCUUUUCCCUUCUUGAUUCGCACAAGCCCCUUGCAACUGUAAGCCUCCAAGGUCUCAAGUUUUGGCAACAUAAAAAUACUACUUGGUAGUUCAAGUAGCUUGCUGCAUCUGUCUAUAGACAGGUUUGCAAGCCCCACAAGACGUCCCAUGGAAAAAGGCAAUUCACUUAUUCCACUAUCACUCAAAACAAGGUAAGUUGAUGCCACGGGGAAGAAUCUUGAGCCCAGUGCAACGAUUAAGAUUCAAAUCUUCAAGUUUUCCAAGGAACCCAACAGAAUCAUGAACUUCAACCAAAUUCUUGCAGGAAUCAAGAUGCAGUUUCUUCAAAUUUGGAGCUCCAGACAUGUCAGUUUUUCCACCAACUUGUCAUGAGGAGGAAGUGUCUCCUUCACUAAAGGAUGUUCCUUCAGGGUAUUUACCCACCUGAAAAAAUUCACAUCAUUUCGGGCGUGAAGACCUCUAUGUUGCAAGCCUCGUAAAAUGCUUUGCGGGUGCAACAAGGUGCGGCAUCCACAAUGUCCAAGAUUCCUGGUGUUUCGCCGUUGAAGAAUUGGAUCUGAUCAUUAAAAGUUAAAACCUUCCUGGAUCUAAAUAAACAUUGUCAAAAUUAACAUAUGUUAUUAUUAGAAAUUAGAAUAUUCAAGUAAUACGUUUAAGUUGUUAAAAUAAAAACUAUAUGGUAAGUACUUAAAAAUUGUUGCAUAUGACAGUUAUUUUGA